UGCUUUGUCUGACCAUUUCCUCACUUCCUCUCUCUCUCUCUCUCUCUUUCUCUCUCUCUGUGUAAAGAAGAAGAGUCCUCAGACCAGAAUAAAAAAACUCUCCUCUCUUGAACACGAAUCCGCUUUUUUCUUUGAUUGCAAAGGCGUUUCUUUUGCUUCUUCCGUUUUCUGAGGAGCGAAGAAAGCGAGACGAAAGGUGUGCUUGUAAGAUACCCGACCCACAAUUACAUCCAUAGUUUCUUGAGAUCCAUUCCCCUCCCAUGCCUCCAAAACCAAAUGGUUAUCUCCUCCUUUGCCUUCUCAUGGUCACGUCGGCUGUACAGCUACAAAUACCCAUCUGCGAUCUUCCCUCCUUUGAGAGAUAACGCUCUUGUCUCGAAAGAAAAUGGGAUUUUUGGGUUGGAUUUUCCUUGUUUCGAUCUUCCUUUGCUUCUACGCAUCCGGCUCUUCUUCAACAGAUGAUUUUCGACAGGCGUUUCCUAUUGUGGAACCUGAUUCUGGUCAUACAAAACUUCGUCUUGCAAGAGAAGGAUUAAAGGCAAUAGAAAGAAUAACAACACCAAUUGCAGCUGUUGCGGUUAUUGGUCCAUACCGGUCUGGCAAAUCUUUUCUUCUUAAUCAGCUUCUCUCCCUUUCAUGUUAUGAAGGAUUUGGUGUUGGUCACAUGCGUGAUACUAAAACAAAAGGUAUAUGGGUAUGGGGAACCCCAUUAGAAUUGGAUAUUGAUGGAAUAAAAACAUCUGUGCUUUACCUUGAUACAGAAGGAUUUGAAAGUGUUGGGAAAUCUAAUGUAUAUGAUGACAGGAUCUUUGCCCUGGCAACUGUUAUGAGUUCUGUGCUUAUCUAUAACCUACCUGAGACGAUUCGUGAGGCAGAUAUAUCCCGCUUGUCUUUUGCUAUUGAGCUUGCUGAGGAAUUUUAUGGAAGAGUGAAGGGGCAAGACGUCGCAUUUGAACCAGCUAAGCUGUUGUGGCUAAUACAGCGUGAUUUCCUACAAGGGAAAUCUGUGCAACAGAUGGUGAAUGAAGCUCUUCAACAGGUGCCAAAUAAUGAUGGUGACAGAAAUCUUGAUCAGGUUAAUCAGAUUCGCGAAUCUCUGGCAAUUAUGGGUGAUAACAGCACUGCUUUUAGCUUACCACAGCCUCAUCUUCAGCGAACAAAGCUUUGUGACAUGAAUGAUGACGAGCUCGAUCCUAUGUAUGUCCAGAAGAGGGAGCAAUUGAAAGAACUAGUUGCUUCUGUUAUUCGUCCAAAAAUUGUGCAGGGUAAACCUCUAAAUGGAAGGGAAUUUGUAUCUUUUCUGGAACAGAUUCUUGAAGCCUUGAACAAAGGAGAGAUUCCAUCCACAGGUUCUCUUGUUGAAGUUUUCAAUAAGGGAAUUCUUGAACGGUGUUUGAAGCUAUACGACCAGAGGAUGGGUGAAUUAAGAUUACCACUCCCAGAGCAAUCUCUGCAAAGAGCACAUGGUAAUUCUAAAGAAGAAGCCAUGAAGGUCUUUGAUGGGCAGCAUUUUGGCCGUCACCAUGCUAAGCAAUCAGUUGCUAAAUUGAAUGAAGAAAUAGAAAAGGUCUACAAGAAUUUCAUGUUGGCAAAUGAAUAUCAAUCUUCAAAGUUGUGUGAGGCACUAUAUACCAAGUGUGAGGACAAAAUGGAUCAGCUUCAAGUCCUAAGGCUUCCUUCCAUGGCAAAAUUUAAUGUGGGCUUUUUGCAAUGUAAUCAAAGCUUUGAAGAGGAGUGUGUUGGCCCUUCAAAGGCAAGCUAUGAACAACGGAUGAUGAAGAUGCUGGGGAAGUCAAGGUCUCAAUUCAUUAAGGAAUACAAUAACAGGCUUUUCAAUUGGUUGGUGACCUUCUCCCUCGUCAUGGUAGUAGUGGGACGGUUUGUUAUAAAAUUUAUUUUGCUUGAGAUUGGAGCAUGGGUACUAUUUAUCUUCUUGGAGACGUACACAAGGAUGUUUUGGACAGCAGAGUCUCUUUACUACAACCCUGCAUGGCAUUUUAUUGUAGCAACUUGGGAGACAAUAGUUUAUAGUCCCAUUCUCGAUCUUGACAGAUGGGCUGUUCCAAUUGUUGUUACACUAUCGAUUUUUGUUCUUUACUGGCGGUGCUAUGGGCGGAGGAAACAUGGGGCUCGUUUGCUAUUACCCCUGUACAACCAAAAAGGUGGCACAAGUCGGCCUAGAUCUGACUGAAGAUGAAUUUGCUUUUUGGGGUUGUUUCUGCAAAAUCUCCUCCUGAACAACGCAUGUGCUUCUGUUUACCAUUCUCCUUGGGCAAAACCAUUUAGUUUUUUUAUUUCUACGGUGCCCGUUGGUGUUGUGUAUUUCUCGAUAAACCCUUAAUUGGAAAUGGCGAAAAGAAGCCGAAGAUCAGAUGAUGAUUGGCCAACCAUUUGUAACCGUAGCAUCUGCAUAUAGUUUGUAUUGUUCUUUAAUUAUUUUGGACAUUGCAAAGCCUCCUUUGUAAGAUUUCUGAGACGGGUGAUUGGUGGCAACUAUUGUUUCUGUUGGUUCAGGUGGACAAUGUGUGGGUCUUUCAGGGCUCGCAUUUUUACCGAGAGGGAAGAAAAAUAAUAAAGGGCAGAGAGUUCAGACUCUAGCAUUUCAUCAGGCAA